AAAUUCCCCUCCCUCUCUCUUCCUCUCUAUAUAUGACCGGAGAGGCCACCACACGAGACGCAUCGCAAAGGCAAGACGACGAUGGCAGGAGUCAUGGACUACUUCCGCUCCUCGGCGUUGUACUUCUACCUGGCGCCUCUGCUCAGCCUGCUGGCGGCGUGCGCCCCCAUCGGGGUGCUCAGGACCCACUUCAACCAGCACCUCCGUCGCCCCCUCCGGCGGCUCCUCCCGUUCCUCGACCCCUUCGUCACGCUCGACAUCGCCGCCAAGCCGGAGGAGUACUCCUUCUACCCCGGCAAGGUCAAGUCCAGCGACGCUUACGCGGAGGUGCUGGCGUACCUGAGCCGGGUCUGCUCCCGGGACGCCCGCGAGCUCCGCGCCGAGGGCGCCGACGAGGGCUACGGCUUCGUGCUCAGCCUCCGCGAGGGGCAAGAGGUCGCCGACGAGUUCCGGGGAGUCACCAUGUGGUGGUCGGCCGUCGCGGAGGACAAGGUCUCGUUCCGGUCCACGGGCCGCUGCUGCCGCCUGACGUUCCAUGAGCGCCACCGCGGGCUCGUCGUCGACGAGUACCUGCCGCACGUCCGCCGCACUGGGCAGGAGGCCACGUUCGGCAACCGCCCCCGCCGGCUCUACUCCAACAAGAAGGCGCAGCACAACUACCAUUCUAGCAAGGACGAGGUGUGGAGCUACAUCGACUUCGACCACCCGACCACUUUCGAGACGCUGGCCAUGGACCCGGAGAAGAAGCGGAUGAUCAUGGACGACCUGGACGACUUCCGGGGCAGCAAGGACUACUACCGGCGGAUCGGCAAGGCGUGGAAGCGCGGGUACCUGCUGCACGGCCCGCCGGGCACCGGCAAGUCCACCAUGAUCGCCGCCAUGGCCAACCACCUCAACUACGACAUCUACGACAUCGAGCUCACCACGCUGGAGACCAACAGCGACCUACGCAAGCUCUUCAUCGAGACCACGGGCAAGUCCAUCAUCGUCAUCGAGGACAUCGACUGCUCCCUCGACCUCACCGGCACCCGCAACGACAGCACCAAGCUGCCGGCAGCGGCAAAGGAAGACGUCGACGCCAACGGCAACAAGAAGAAGCGAAACAUCCUGACGCUGUCCGGCCUGCUCAACUUCAUCGACGGGCUCUGGUCGGCGCACAGCGGGGAGCGGAUCAUCGUGUUCACCACCAACCACCUGGACAAGCUCGACCCGGCGCUCAUCCGCCGGGGCCGCAUGGACAUGCACAUCGAGAUGUCCUACUGCGUCUUCGAGGCCUUCAGGACGCUCGCCGAGAACUACCUCGGGAUCGACGCGCACCCGCUGUUCGACACCGUCAAGGAGCUGCUGCAGACGGUGGAGAUGACGCCGGCCGAUGUCGCCGAGUGCCUGAUGCCGUCCAAGCGCUCCGGCCGCGACGGGGAUGCCUGCCUCGCGCGCUUGGUAGAGGAGCUCAAGAAGAAGGGCGAAGAGGAUAAGCAGAAGAAGAAGAAGGCCGAGGAAGACGAGGCAGCCGAGGAGAAGAAGAAGGCGGCCGACGAAGCAGCAGACAAGGAGAUAAAUCAGGAGAUUCGAUCCGUUGAGGCCGCGGCAAAACCAGACCGCUGCGAAGCCAUGAGCAGCAACGAAACAGCCAGUGCUGUCAGAGAUGCAAGUUCCGGUGGUUCUUCAGCUUCUUCUGACGAUUAUUUGUCUUGAGGGAGCCUGCUAAUCAAAUUACUCAUUCUCAAUGCCACAUAUCAACGAAGCAAACCUGCACGAGUACAAUAAUGUGAAGAGACUUGAGUCCUGAGGAAAGGUUUUAGUUUUAUUUGCUCAUAUACUUUAGCCGCUUGUGGCGUUGAAAUUCUCCUGCUACCGGACAACAUAUGUUGCUAUCUUGAUGAGUACCGGAAAAUUAAUCAGUUCCAACUUUGAAUGUGCCAGAUUUUA